AUGGCGCUGCUGAAAGUCAAGUUUGACCAGAAGAAGCGGGUCAAAUUGGCCCAAGGGCUCUGGCUGAUGAACUGGCUCUCUGUGUUGGCGGGUGUCGUCAUCUUCAGCCUAGGACUGUUCCUGAAGAUUGAACUCCGGAAGAGGAGCGAAGUGAUGAAUAAUUCCGAGAGCCAUUUUGUGCCCAACUCCUUGAUAGGGGUGGGGGUGCUGUCCUGUGUCUUCAACUCUCUGGCUGGCAAGAUCUGCUACGACGCCCUGGACCCUGCCAAGUAUGCCAAGUGGAAGCCCUGGCUGAAGUCGUACCUGGCUGUCUGCGUCCUCUUCAACAUUGUCCUCCUCCUGGUGGCCCUCUGCUGCUUCCUCCUGCGGGGCUCACUGGAGAGCACCCUGGCCCACGGGCUCAAGAAUGGCAUGAAAUAUUACAGGGACACAGACACGCCUGGCAGGUGUUUCAUGAAGAAGACCAUUGACAUGCUGCAGAUCGAGUUCAAAUGCUGUGGCAACAAUGGCUUUCGGGACUGGUUUGAGAUUCAGUGGAUCAGCAACCGCUACCUGGACUUUUCCUCCAAAGAAGUCAAAGAUCGCAUCAAGAGCAACGUGGAUGGGCGGUACCUGGUGGAUGGCGUCCCCUUCAGCUGCUGCAACCCCAGCUCGCCACGGCCCUGCAUCCAGUACCAGCUCACCAACAACUCGGCACACUACAGCUACGACCACCAGACGGAGGAGCUCAACCUGUGGGUGCACGGCUGCAGGGCCGCCCUGCUGGGCUACUACAGCAGCCUGAUGAACUCCAUGGGCGCCUUCACGCUCCUCGUCUGGCUCUUCGAGGUGACCAUCACGGUCGGGUUGCGCUACCUGCACACGGCGCUGGAAGGCGUGUCCAACCCGGAAGACCCCGAGUGCGAGAGUGAGGGCUGGCUUCUGGAAAAGAGCGUGCCGGAGACCUGGAAGGCCUUUCUGGAGAGCUUGAAAAAGCUGGGCAAGAGUAACCAGGUGGAUGCCCAGGGCGCAGACGCAGGCCAGGCCCCAGAGGCUGGCUGA